GAUCUUCAACUGCAAAAAAAUUUUUUAAAAAUGAGUGCAGGUGAUUUCAGUGCAGGUGAACUCUUCAACAUCUACGCAAUGUGGGAGGAGCUAAACCUGACAGAACACAACCUGUCGCAGGCGGAGCUGCGACUGUGCCCUACGCAUAUCAGCCACUCCACCCUCCUCCAGAUCAUGUGCACCCUCUUAGUGAUCAUCUUUGUGGUGGGUCUGACUGCUAACGCCCUGGUGAUGUGGGUGGGCCUGCGUUCAGAAGGACGCCGCCGUCAUGGUGUGCACCUGUACAUUUUGAACCUCGCCGUGGCUGAUCUGUGCGUGGUGACCACACUGCCCGUGUGGGUCAGCUCACUGGCACAGGGGGGCCACUGGCCCUUCGGACAAGCGGCCUGCAAGCUAACCCACCUCCUCUUCAGCGUCAACCUGUUUGCUAGCAUCUUCUUCGUGGUCUGCAUGAGUGUGGAUCGUUACCUGUUUAUGGUGCGGCUCGGCCGGACCUCUGGCAGGUGGGAGACGCCAGGACGCUGUCUGGUCUGUGCGGGAGUUUGGAUAAUCUCUGUGAUUGCCUCUGUGCCCGAAACCUACUACCUCCAAUCGGUAAAGUCUUUGCAUGGCAACGUGUCUUUGUGCCGCCCUGUCUACCCAGAAAACGAUCCGAUGGGAUGGAUGGCAGGAAUCCAGCUGAGCUUUGUGGUGCUGGGCUUCGCUAUACCUUUCCCUAUCAUCACCGUCUCUUACACGCUGCUGGCGAGCACCUUGGUCACCUCCACCUCGUCCUCGCCACACCGGCAGAAAGACUCCAGUGUUAGCAAAAAAAUGCUCCUCACGUACAUCGUGGUCUUUCUGGUGUGCUGGGCGCCAUACCACGCCAUCCUGCUGGCUGACGCCAUGGCUAUGCUCGGAGUGCUGCUGCUAAGCUGUGCGGCGGAGAACGUGCUCUUUGUUGCGCUGCAUCUUACUCAAACCUUGUCUCUGCUCCACUGCUGUGUGAACCCCGUGGUCUACGGCUUGGCUCACCGCCAGUGCCGCCAUGACCUCAUGAAAGAUUUCAUCUUUAAAUACUCCACCCACACAGGCCGGGCGCACCUCAUGGAAGGAUCUCAGGGUACCGAGACAGACCGUACAACCAUGGAGAACCAGCUGGAACCGUGA